GCUCCAUGAGGGCUUGGCGCGCACUGCGGCGAGCAGCCGCGUCCUCCUCCUCCUCCUCCUCUUCCUCUUCUUCUUCUUCUUCUUCUUCUUUUCCUGCUGACGGGAAGCCUCGGAGGCGGGCAUGGAAGACUUCACUGUCGCCGCUGGAGCGGGUGAGGCGGCUGCUGCCGCCCGAGGAAGCGGCGGCGGUGGCGCGGUGCGCGGCAGCGCCACCGAUUCAGGCUCCCCAUGAGAAGGAGGAGGAAGAGGUGGCCGAAUCUCGUCAAGCGCUGGCUGAGGCGGCGAGUCCGCGUUCCGGCCCUUUCCGCGCCGGGGAGCUGGCGCUGGCGGAGGUGCGGAGGAAGCACAACACGAUGCUGAAGCUGAUGUGCCGGCUGGCGGUGGAGGCGGUACUGAGCAGCCCCGGUGGUGUCCUGCCCCACCGCGACAUUAUCGGGCAGCUGCCCGGGCAGGUGCUGCGUGCGUCGGGGGGGGCGCGGCUGCUUCUGCGGCGACCCUCGCUGGACGAAUACGUGCUGCUCAUGUCGCGGGGACCCACCAUCGCCUAUCCCAAGGAUAUAAGUGCUAUGUUAAUGAUGAUGGAUAUCCACCCGGGAGACACCGUGUUGGAAACGGGCAGUGGGUCCGGUGCUAUGAGCUUGUUUCUGUCAAGAGCAGUUGGGCCCAAAGGACGUGUUCUGAGUUAUGAAAUCAGAGAUGACCAUCACAAUUUAGCUAAGAAGAAUUACAGGCAGUGGCGUUCUGCAUGGGAAAUAGGACACAUGGACAAGUGGCCAGAUAAUGUGGAGUUCAUUCUUAAAGACAUUUCAACAGCUGCUGCAGAUAUGAAAUCUGUAACACUUGAUGCAGUAGUUCUGGAUAUGCUGAGCCCUCAGUGUGCUCUGCCUGUUGUACACCCAAGCCUGAAACAAAGUGGGGUGUGUGCUGUGUACUUAGCAAACAUCACACAGGUUAUUGACCUUUUAGACAGAAUACGGAGCUGCAAGCUUCCUUUUUUGUGUGAAAGGAUAAUUGAGGUAACUCACAGAAGCUGGUCAGUGCUCCCCGCUAAACUCAAGCGUUGGAAAUCAAGCCAAGUGGUGGAAACUCAAGAAAAUAUUGAAGAACCACCUCAAAAUGAAUAUGAAGAAAUCCAUAUUCAGGAUCAAGCAGUUCUCAAAGAAAGCAACUACAAUGGUAAGAACUUCACUGUUGAUGAGAUACCCUAUCACUGCACUUUGAUAAUCCAGUAUAGGAAGAGGCAGGGUUUUCUUAGGUCAGCUGAGAACAGGCAAGGUUUUGGACAGCCUAGACCCUGUCAGGUUUAAAAAAAAAAAAGACUAUUAUUUGUUAUUUAAGUAUCCUAUUAAAAAUCUGGGUUAAAUAGAAAAUAUAUUUUCAUUUGCAGUAAAGAAUGACUGCCCUUCUACCGCUGUUUUCAAAUUUUUGGUGUUUUAAGAAAAUUCAGUUCUUGAUACUCAUCCCAUGAGGACCCUGAUGGACUUAAAAAUUCCUUAGGAGAAACGGUGGCCAGUGUGCUCUGUUUUAAAAUUAUGCUGUUCUGGCAAAUCCAAAAAUGCUGCUAUACAUAUAAAUAUAAAAAUGCGCAUGUGUGUGUAUAUAUAUAUAUAUGACAGAUGUAAAUAAAUUACAGUAUAGAUCUGCACAGUGCAAAGCAUUCUGAAUAUACUGAUAAGUGAACACAAAAAAAAGAAAACACGUCAGGGAAAAAUAUUACAUGCACACUGUCUACUCUAGUCUGCAUGUAGGUCUUAAACUUCUGGGAACAAAGUGAAAAACAAUGUCCUUCUCACAGAAUCACUCAGUGAUGCUGCUGAAACAAACCGCUCAGUGCCUUACAUUGCCCGAC